UAAAUGUACAAUAGUGAGAUAGAGCUGACAUUCAAACGUAUGCACACGCCUAACCGUUAUAUGAUGAACAGUCAACGUAUUAGUAAAUGUGAGAUUAUCAUCCCGGACGUGCAGGUUGUACCACCAUCAAAACAUCGUCAGAUAGCGAAUCAUAGCUAUCACCCCUGUGAUUGAUUUAGCUAACUUAGCUAACGGUAUCAGCUAGCAUUAGAUAGGCGCAGGACAGUUUUAUCAGUUUAUCACUGACGUUUUGUUCGUUGGUUUCUCUCGUCACUAAACCUAGCUAUGAAGCUACGUGUGCAGGGCAACGUUAGCGUUAGCUUCGGCUGCUGCACAGCAUUAUGAAGUCGUGACUGCCCGUGUCAGGAUGGAUGAUGUUUCAGUCCCCCGGCCUAACGUUAUCGUACACAGUAUCCGUGCUGCUCAUAAUCUCCGGGCCACCAGCGAAAUUGUGUUUAAAAGAUUAGUUUGCCAUAUGUUUUGGGCCCUUAGCUAUGUCCGGGAACUGAUUUCCCAAUGAAAGAUUUCAAUAUCACGUAAUUUGUAAUGUUGCCUAAUAAUACGAUACAUUUCCAUAAUGUGCAGGAUGUACAUUAAUGUACAUUAAAAUGUAAAAGAUUUCAACCCCAAAAUUGUAUUACACACAGUAUUUCUAUUUAGUUUUUGAAAACUCUUAAUUGUUGGUCCAGUUCUAACGCUAGCUGCGCAAACACUACAAAACAAGGGAUGUAGAUAGAUAGAUAUGUAUUAUGGUAUGGUCAUAUCACAGGUAAUAACGUAGUUUUUUCAUCUUGGAUCAACAAUGGCCUUCAGCAAGGGAUAUCGCAUUUACCACAAGCUGGACCCCCCUCCCUACAGUGUCCUAGUGGAGACCAGGAGCCGGGAAGAAUGCCUCAUGUUUGAAUCCGGGGCUGUUGCCGUCCUGUCGGCGGCAGAGAAGGAGGCCAUUAAAAACUCAUAUGCCAAGAUUCUCGAUGCCUAUGGCAUCUUGGGCGUCCUCCGCUUAAACCUGGGUGACUCCAUGCUCCACAGUCUGGUGGUUGUGACCGGAUGCAGCUCUGUGGGGAAGGUGCAGGAUUCUGAGGUUUUCAGGGUCACACAGACAGAUUUCAUAUCCCUGAAGAAUGAUCAAGCAGACGAGGACCGGAUCGCUGAAGUGCGAAAGGUGUUGAACUCGGGACACUUCUACUUUGCCUGGUCUGCCACUGGUGUCAGCAUGGACUUGAGUCUCAAUGCACAUCGCAGGAUCCUAGAGGACACGACAGAUAACCGCUUCUUUUGGAACCAAUCUCUGCACCUGCACCUGAAACACUACGGAGUAAACUGUGACGACUGGCUGUUGAGGCUGAUGUGUGGCGGUGUGGAGGUCAGGACCAUCUAUGCGGGCCACAAACAGGCCAAGGCCUGCAUCUUCUCCCGCCUCAGCUCGGAGCGGGCCGGCACGCGAUUCAACGUCCGCGGAACAAACGACGACGGACAGGUGGCCAACUUUGUGGAGACUGAACAGGUUAUUUUCCUGGACGACAAAGUUUCCUCCUUCAUACAGAUCCGUGGGUCCAUUCCUCUGUUCUGGGAACAGCCAGGAAUCCAGGUCGGCUCUCAUCGUGUCAAACUCUCAAGGGGAUUCGAGGCAAAUGCACCAGCAUUCGAAAGACACUUUACUACACUGCGGAGGUUGUAUGGUAAACAGGUGAUCAUCAACCUGCUUGGGAGUAAGGAAGGGGAACACAUGCUCAGCAAAGCUUUUCAGAGUCACCUGAAGGCAUCAGAGCACGCUUCAGCAGUGAAGAUGGUGAACUUUGACUACCAUCAAAAUGUGAAGGGGGGCAAAGCGGACAAACUCCACAGUGUCCUCAAACCCUACCUCAACAAGUUCACAGAAGAGUGCGGGUUCUUCUACUACUCUGCAGAGACGGGCAUCGUGAGGACUCAGGGUGGGACCAUUAGGACCAACUGCCUGGACUGUUUGGAUAGAACCAACAGUGUGCAGGCCUUCUUUGCCCUUGAGAUGCUGCCCAAGCAGCUGGAGGAAAUGAGUCUGACAGAGAAACCCCAGCUGGUGGCCAGGUUCCAGGAGGUCUUUAGGACCAUGUGGUCUGCCAAUGGAGACUCCGUCAGUAAGAUCUACGCGGGCACUGGUGCCCUGGAUGGCAAGGCCAAGGUGGGAAAGCUAAAAGAUGGCGCUCGUUCUGUGACCAGGACCAUCCAGAACAACUUCUUUGACAGUUCUAAGCAGGAGGCGAUAGACAUCCUGAGGCUGGGCUCCACACUCAACAGCGAUUUGGCCGACAAGGCUCGGGCCUUGCUCACCACUUCCAGUCUUUAUGUCACUGAGCCCGUCUUACAAUCAGCCUCCCCGAGAGUAUUGCUGGGAAUGUGUCAGAACUACCAUAAAUACACACGGCCCAAGCAGAUCCGGGUGUGCACCGGCACCUGGAAUGUCAACGGGGGUAAACAGUUUCGCAGCAUUGCUUUCCGCAACCAGACGCUCAACGACUGGCUGUUGGAUGCUCCAAAGAAGGCGGGGCAUCCUGAGUUCCAGGACAGCAAAGCAAACCCCAUAGAUAUCUUCGCCAUCGGUUUUGAGGAAAUGGUUGAGCUAAAUGCUGGCAAUAUUGUCAGUGCGAGCACUACAAACCAGAAACUAUGGGCAGCUGAGCUACAAAAAAACAUAUCGCGGGACCACAAGUAUGUGCUGCUGGCUUCAGAGCAGCUGGUGGGAGUGUGUCUGUUCGUCUUCAUCCGCCCACAGCACGCGCCCUUCAUCAGGGAUGUUGCUGUAGAUACUGUCAAAACCGGGAUGGGCGGGGCUACAGGCAACAAAGGAGGUGUGGCCAUCCGCCUGCUCUUCCAUACCACCAGCAUCUGCUUCGUCUGCUCCCACUUUGCUGCUGGCCAGUCACAGGUCAAGGAGAGGAAUGACGACUACAGUGAGAUCACACGCAGACUCACCUUCCCCAUGGGUCGUCUGCUGUACUCGCAUGACUACGUCUUCUGGUGUGGAGACUUUAACUAUCGGAUCAGCCUGCCCAACGAAGAAGUGAAAGAGCUAAUCAAACAGCAAAACUGGGAAGCCUUGACAGCUGGGGACCAGUUGCUGGACCAGAAGAAUGCUGGUUUGGUGUUCCGAGGUUUUAUCGAGGGGAAGUUGGAUUUUGCGCCCACCUACAAGUAUGACCUCUUCUCAGAAGAUUAUGACACCAGUGAGAAGUGCCGCACACCAGCCUGGACGGACCGCAUACUCUGGAAGAGGAGGAAGUGGAACUUUGAUAAAACAGCUGAGGAGAUGAAUGUAGUUGGAGCAGCUUCUACAUCCGGGGAGAAUGACGACGAUCCAGAUAACCCCUGGAGCGCAGGCACUCUGAAGUACUAUGGCAGGGCUGAGCUUAAGACCUCCGACCACAGGCCCGUGGUGUCGAUAAUGGACGUGGACAUCCUGGAGGUGGACCCGGACGCGCGGCACCAGGUCUACAAAGAAGUCAUCGCCCUGCAGGGGCCUCCGGACGGCACCAUCCUGGUGUCCCUCUGCUCCUCCGGCCCCGACGACUACUUUGACGAUGCUCUCAUAGACGAGCUGCUGGACAAGUUUGCUCAAUUCGGAGAGGUCAUCCUCAUCAGGUUUGUUGAGGAGAAGAUGUGGGUGACUUUCCUGGAAGGUUACUCUGCUCUUGCUGCGCUUUCUCUCAGCGCUUCCACUGUCCUCGGCAAACUGAUUGACAUCCGUCUGAAGAGUUCGGGCUGGAUCAAGAGUCUGGAGGAGGAGAUGAGUGUGGAGAGAAUCUGUGGGAGCAUCCCCACCUCGGCCAGCUCCACCCUGCUUGCUGAGGACACGGACAUGGGCGACGAUGAUUAUGAUAUGGAAGGUGAUGUGGACGAGGAGGUGGAGGAGAUCCUUCCCCAGCACCUUCAGCCUGGAGCAGGCACCGGCCCUCUAUCCUCCCCUUUCCCCUCCCCCCGCAGUAGUCCCUGUCACUCCCCCACCCAGGGGGAGCCUGUCGCCCCCGGCAGGUCUGCUCGAGGUCAACCCUCCCGCCCAUCACAAGGGCCUCCUGUGGACUUCCAGCCUGGUGCCCCCACAUCUUCAGAGCCCAAACGCCCGCCCCCCCCUCGUCCCCACGCCCCCCCAGCCCGCCCAGCACCUCCUCAACGCCCACCACCACCUUCAGGAGGCAUGAGCCCUCUGCCAGUUAGAAAGGGCUCUGCAGACUGUGGCGAAUGGCCCAACCCACUGUUUGGUAGGAGAGGCAGUGAAGGACCAAAAAGCCCCGCUCUCCCUCGGCCAGAAGCAGCUACAGCUCGAGGCCAGGUAGCAGUGGGAGCUCCUGGACCUGGAGGUGCUCCGAGACCCAAUAUCCCUCCUCGAGCAGGGGUGAUCAGUAUGCCCCCUCAGUCUCGCCCACCACCUCUCUCUCACCCUGGAGCACCCAGACCCAUCCCAGAGGUGCAUCCUGGGGCCCCUCGGCCCAUCCCAGACACCCACCCUGGAGCCCCACGCCCUGUGGCCAGUGGCCAGGUCAAGCCGACCGACCUGCCUCUGGGUCCCCCUCCCUCGGCUCCUCCUCCUGCAGAGCCCCCUGCAGCCAGACCCCAGGUCCCAUCACCCAUGCAGCCGCCCAUGCAGCCCCAACCAGCUGCCCCGACAGUUCAGUCCCAACUCCAAGCACCCAUGCAGCCCACAAUCUCAGCUCCGCUCCAGCCACAGCAAGCUCCUAAAGCAGGGCCCCCCCCUGCUGCUGCUGCCCCCCCUGCUGUUGGCUCUCCACAAGGUCUAGCCUCUCCUAAGCCCCCGCCACGUUCACGCUCCUCUCACACUCUGCCACCUGACGCCGCCAAGUCUGAGACGGCCCCAGCUGCGCAGACCAAUGGAAUGAAUGGAAUCCAAAGAGAAGCACAAUGGAAGCCCGACCCCUUCGACACACUUGCUUCUGAUCUCCUCUCCUCCUCCUCGUCCUCCUCCUGGCACACCACCCAGUCUCUGACCCGAGGCUCCUCCCUGCGUGCCCCCCCCUCCGUUCCCACGUCUUCGUCCGCCAGCACCCUCCCUUCAUCCUUCUCCCUCCAGCCCUCCGCUCUGUCGGACCCACAGGCGCUCAACUCGUCGUCGUCCUCCUCGCUUUCCACCCCGUCGCCGUUCGCCUCCUCCCUGCUGCCGCCCCCUCCGGUCCCGUCUCGUAGCCGCUCGCAGGAGACGCUGCGCGGGGCCUCCCCUGGCCCCCUCCUGACUGACCCGCUUCCAGCCCGCCCGAGCAGCACCAAUCCCUUCACAGGCUCGCUGCCGCAACAACAGCAGUACCGCUCGCUCACGCCGGACUUCAGCGUCCAUCGUCCCGCCCCGACGCCAAACAUUCAGAGGACCAUGUCUGCUCUUACUCCACCACUCAUCCCCACCCCCGCUCCGACAGCAGCCGCUACUGCUGCACCCGCCUUCCAGCUCCAGAGGACCACGUCCCUGUUCGGUCCGUCAUCCACUUUUCCUUCUCCACCUCCUCCUCUGCUCCCCCUUGCCCCGUCUCCUGUCCCCUCCUUGCCCCUGGUGCCAGCCUCCUCCAUUCCGCCUGUCCUCGCACCUCGUCGCCAGCCGCCUCCCCCGGGAGGCAAACCGACCCAGCGGUGGGUCACUUUUGAUGAUGAUUUGGAUUUUCAACCUCCGACCAAAACGCCACAGGCCCCCGUCUUCCCGUCCAGUUCCCUAGUGGCCCAAACUCAGCCCUCGAGCUCUCUGUUUGACUCCGAGCCCGACUGGUUAUCCUCGGUCCCGUCGGUAUUCCCAAAUCUCCGUCCUCCCUGUCCCAAGUAGAACCGUAAACAGUACCCCCCCCCCCCCCAGGGACCCACCAACGACUGCUUCUUCCCCAGGAAGGGAACAGAAAGACAGGCUCACUCUUAAUAUGUAAAGGGCAUAUCCAGAUAUGUAUAGAUCUAUGAUAUAUGUGUGUGUAUGUACAAAAGAGACGAUAUUUAAAGAAAGUAUAGACCAAUCCCCGUCUGAAUCCCAGGAAACGAUUUACGUCUCGAGCAGCACGGGCCCUAAAAGUGUGUUCUAAACUCGACCACAGAGAUGUUUGCUUGCUCCCUGAUGUUACCAUUUAUUUUAAUAUGAGUUGUUCUGUUUAUUUUUAAUCGUGGCAGCAAACAUGUGCCUGUGUCUACGGUAUAGUGUUAUGUAUAAAGUACAUCAAUACGCACAAAUCAUGUGUUUAUCGUGUGCAAUAUCGAGAGGUUUGUGUGUGGCCGUGCAGCUUCAGCAUUAGCUACGCUGCGGCUCAUAUCCACCCUUCUGACUAAUCUGUACAUCGGAGCGGGAUUCUCAGAGUAGCGGGUAAUCUUCUACCUUCUCUGUGUACUUGUAGUAGAAGGUUAUGCACUGCAGGUUUUUUUUCCAUUUGCUCCCAACCAUAGUUUGUUUUGUUCUGUUCUUUUGUGUCUGAGGGGUGCAGAGCUUGCUUUUAUCAUGAAUGUACUUUUAUGUUGCACUGGGUUUCGCCUCCUUGCUGACACCACGUGGUGAACCAGAAUGCCACAAGUCCGCGUCAUAGUCCGUUCACUGCCGCAACACCGAUGUCAUUUUGUUCUCGCUCUAUUCAGUCGUCGCUCUUUGUCAACGGGCUGUUGCGCUAAGCUGAGUAUAUUUUGUAGCGCUAUAUCAAAGCCUAUACAUAGUGAUUAUGUAUGUUUUCAAUAUGGAUAGGACUCAGUGUGUGUGUGUGUGUGUGUGUGUGUGUGUGUGUGUGUGUGUUUGUGAUGGCCGCAUCAGGGAUUUGCACAAUGUAACUGAUGCACCGACAGGCUGCUCUUGGUUGUGUUCUUGCUGAGUGACAGAAAUGAGAACCUGCGGAUUGAAGAGACGACCCGAAGCAUUGAACCACACUAGUGUAGGAUCAGAUCAGUGGCGCGUGUAUACUGCUGUUAAGUACGACGCAGGUGUGCCAUGCAUAAUAAUAAUAAUAAUAAUAAGAGGGCACUUUUAUUUUAAUUUUAUUCAACUUUUGUUUAUUGCAAAAGCCAUGUUUUUUUUAAGUUCUACAAACAAUUACUCUAAAUAAUCUAUUGUUGAUAACUGUGGUGAGAAGUGAUGUGUUGUGUUUGAGGUGCAUAUCGUCUGUUGUCGUGUUUGUGUUUGGAUGUGUGUGAGUGUGUGUGUGUGUACAUAGUUAAGAGUAGAAUAUCAGAGCUUUUCCCCGAGGAAGUCUUCUCAUUUAAGUGCACACCGUGUAUUUGCUUACAGGUUUUGAACCAACAGCCACUGUAUUCUUUCAUAAAUAGUUGUAACUGUAUUUCCAAUCUCCAGCUUGCCCCGGGGCUGUGGAGUGACCUCACUGUAUGCAAACAUCUUAAACAAUAAAAGACAAAGGACUUUUACCACAAAGCACCCACCACCUGUGUGUGACAAUUCCCACCAUAGCAACACUAACGGACUGUACAGACUCGACUACACUGUAACCAACGCAUCACCACACUUUCAUUUCCAGUGGACUGUGUGCUGUGUUCUUCCCAGGCGCAGCGUGGCCCACAUUCCAGACAGUAGUGUGAUUUGAGUGUCUUCUCGGCAGUUUGCAGGUCCAACUGUGAUAUCGAGCCCAUGGCCGCUUUCCCUCCAGUCGAGCGUAGUUGUUACGGAGCCUCGCUGAUUAUUUGACCAUUCAUGAGGCGUGUUUGUUAUGUUGUCAGAGGUGAUGUGUCAGUAUUUUUUUAUUUUCCUGUACUACGUUAUUUCACUCUUUGGCUGCUGUUGAGAUGUCAGUGUCAAUGUUGACAAUGGAGGAUAAAACAGAAAUAGUACGAGCUAACUAAUGCUUCUGCCCUUUGUUUAAACACAAUAGGAAUUAUAUUUGUUCACUGCACUGAAAGCAUCGGCUAUCUAUGUAAGCAAGUGUAUCGGGUUGCCUUUGCUUAAAUGUCAUCUCUGAGGCAUUCAUUGUGUUUUCCACGUGUGUGCAGUAGGUCAUGUAUCUGCAUUAAUGGUAGGUAACUAGCCAGCGCUUUGUGUCCCGUCAUGUUCAAGAUGAGAUUUUAUAGGAAACAUAUUGCUCCUUUUUUCGUGAGGUUGGUGUCCCCUUUUUAUGGUUAUAAUCCAUAGUAAAUAAAGAGUCUGUUGUUGUUGAACAUAUUCUUGUAUGUAUUAAAGACAAAACAUGAAAACUGCAAGUCAUGUUAAUAUCCAACGUUCCAUAUUUUAAGUGCGAAGCUCAUUGCACAUUUAUGUAUGAAGCAGUUUGUGUUGUAUGUAUGCAAAAAUAAAUGUAAGUUGACCCUGAA